UUGGCCGUCCAAGUCGAAAGUUGUGUUGAGUCGAGUGAAGCCUUUGUGGUGGAAAAGUGGAAGUCCGUAAUACGUCGGGAGCCAGAGCUUAAAGCCAAUUUGUUUGUCGUUGUCGACGCAAAAGAUGUGCGAUACCAGCGACAAGGCACAGAAAUGGAAAUGUGAAAUAUGCACCUAUGAAAAUUAUCCAUCCUCCCUAAAAUGCACAAUGUGCCAGGCAUCCAAGCCUUUGCUGAACGAGGAUAUUUUUCGACUCAGUCCAGCGCAGACAAUACAUGACAACUACAACAACGCAGAGGAGGCGGCAGCAGGUCUGCCUGUCGAGCCCACGUCCACAUGCUUUACACGCCAAUCAGAGCAGCCCCAGCCACAGCAGGUGCGGCACAGCAACGUAGCUGAUAGUGAGAAAUGGGCUUGCAAAGUGUGCACCUAUCUAAAUUGGCCGCGCAGUCUGCGCUGUGUGCAAUGCUGUACGAAACGUGGAGCUGCGGAUAAAGAGACCAACGAGGCCGGCGAAGCGCUGCAAGCUUUACGCAUUAGCGGGUCUGAUACGGAGCUCAACCCCACGGAACAAGGCAGUAGGCAGUUAAUAGGCGCUGUUGCUCCCAAUUCGAAUGGACGUAAUGGCAGUCCCAGCUUGGAGCAGCAGCAAAUCUGCACCAAUUCAACGCAUCUCAAUAAUGUAGCCAAUACAUCUCAAAGCCAGCAACAGCAGCAGCUGCAACAAUUAACAAGCCAACAGCAACAGCAGCAGCACCAGAACUUGCCAACGCAGCAGAAGCUGUGCCAUGUAGCCAAAUGGGCGUGCAAUUCCUGCACGUAUGAGAACUGGCCCAAGAGUCUCAAAUGCUCCAUGUGUGGAAAAACGCGCGAAUUGAGCAACUCUGGCUCACAGUCCGAUUUGCAUGCGUGUGCCAGCAAUUCCGGUAGCAAUAAGCAGCUAAAUCAGCAGGAGGAACAGCAACAGCAGCAGCAGCAGAUAAACACGGACACCGUCAGUGCGAACAAUUCGUUCAAUAAGAAACAUAUUUACCAACUAGGUUCUUCGGAAACUAUCAACAACUGUGAUACGCUACAAGAGCGCCAGGAGCGACGUCAGCGUCAGAUCAGGCGGCAGGUCGAUUGGCAGUGGCUUAAUGCUUGCCUUGGUGUUGUGGAGAACAAUUACAGCGCUGUGGAGGCGUAUCUCUCGUGUGGUGGCAAUCCGGCUCGUUCGUUGACCAGCAAUGAAAUUGCCGCCUUGAAUCGUAAUUCGGCUUUUGAUGUGGGUCACACACUCAUCCAUCUAGCCAUACGUUUCCAUCGCGAAGAAAUGUUGCCGAUGCUCUUGGCACAGAUCUCGGGCUCUGGGCCGGGUAUUAAGCGUGUACCGUCAUAUGUGGCCCCUGAUCUGGCAGCGGAUAUACGUCGCCACUUUUCGAAUACGCUGCGCAUACGCAAAUCUGGCCUACCAUGCCAUUAUGUUCAGAAACAUGCUACAUUCGCGCUGCCCUCAGAAAUUGAAGAGCUGCCUAUUCCUAUACAGGAGCAGCUUUACGAUGAACUGCUCGAUCGUGAUGCCCAGAAACAGUUAGAAAUGCCGCCGCCGGCACUCAACUGGUCUCUGGAGAUUACAGCAAGGCUGAGCUCACGUCUUUUGGUGCUUUGGAAUCGCAGUGCUGGAGAUUGCCUACUUGACUCAGCAAUGCAGGCCACUUGGGGGGUCUUUGAUCGCGACAACAUUCUUAGGCGCGCGCUGGCUGACACUUUGCACCAGUGUGGACACGUUUUUUUUACCCGCUGGAAGGAAUACGAAAUGCUGCAGGCAUCAAUGCUGCACUUCACUCUAGAGGACUCGCAGUGGGAAGAGGAUUGGAGCACGCUGCUGUCUUUGGCCAGCCAACCGGGCUCUUCAUUGGAGCAGUUGCAUAUAUUUGCCUUGGCCCACAUAUUAAGACGACCAAUCAUUGUGUACGGCGUUAAAUAUGUGAAGAGUUUUCGCGGCGAGGACAUUGGCUAUGCUCGAUUUGAAGGUGUAUAUCUACCUUUAUUCUGGGAACAAAACUUUUGUACAAAAUCGCCCAUUGCACUGGGCUAUACACGCGGUCACUUUAGUGCUUUGGUGCCAAUGGAGCCGUUCUCCCGCAUCGAUGGUCGUCGGGAUGAUGCCGAGGAUGUCACUUAUCUGCCCCUAAUGGACUGCGAACUGAAGCUGUUGCCCAUACACUUUCUUGCACAAUCGGAAGUGGGCAAUGAGGAAGCAAUGAUGCGUCAAUGGUUGGAUGUGUGUGUCACCGAUGGGGGGCUGCUGGUGGCGCAGCAAAAGUUAUCUAAGCGACCGCUGCUGGUGGCACAGAUGCUGGAGGAAUGGCUGAAUCAUUAUAGACGCAUUGCACAAGUGAUAACUGCACCCUUUGUGCGUCGGCCGCAGAUAAGCCACUAUUCGAGCGAUGGUGAUUCGGAUGAGGAAUAACGGCGGCAAAGGUGAAAGGUCUUCUUUAAUUGAAAUUUAGCGCAUGGUUAAUGGAUUGGAAAUGAAUUGGUUAUAUAUAUAUAUAUAUA